AUGAGCUGGUACGACAUCUUCGACGCCGGGGUCUGCAAGGUCAUGGAGCUCGCGCUUGACGGAAUCGGAGGCCACACCUGCAGCCUCGCAGGCUUCAGUGAAGUCUGCCUCAUCGACCGCCAUGCUGUCUUCGCGCUGUGCGGGUUCGGGCUGAACCUGCCGCGGAGGCAGAACACCCAUGAUGCCCUCGUACUUGGCCUCGAGCGACUGCCUGAUCUCUGCCGCCUGCACCCCCGCGCGUACGGCGCCGACUCCGAGGCGGAUGGGGCCUCGGAACCCGUGCGGCCGCAGGCGGCCGCCAGGAAGAGGGACGCCGACCUCGCCGUCGAGGUCGGCUCGGUCGAGGUCUCCUACGUCCUCCCGCCGGCCGUGGCGGCCGAGGACGAGCGCCUGCUCUCCACGGGCGCUGGCGGCGCGCGCCGCUGGGCGCCCCGCCUCGUCGUGGCCCACAGGGACGGCGUCAUCAUGCUCGUGAGCCUGCGCUUCGAGCACGUCGCCCGGGGCAAGGACAGGGACGAGCGCUGGGCGUGCACCGCGCUGCGUGCCGAGGCGCGGUGAGGAGCCCAUGACGGGCGUCCAAGUCCCGGGCGAGGUCCCGCGG